UCUUUAUGCUAACUGCUUAUUAUGAAAAUCAAAAAAAUUUUAGAUCAACAUUUCUAUUAAGAGAUGGCGAAAGAGAGUGGACGUAAAUAAUAAAGAAAGGACUUCUAUAAAAUAUAAUCACUGUUUAAUACAACAUCAAAAAUAAUGAGAUAAAGCUUGACUUGAUUAAUUAGCAGGCAUAAAAGCAAUUUAAUAUUUAUAAUCAGCAGCAAUUUACUGCAUUCUCACGAAAGGUUCAUAUAUAUGACCAAAUAAGUGACUAUUAACAAUCCCCAAAACCCUUAGAUUAAAAAAAAAUAAUUGGCAAUCUGUCAGUAUCCUAACAUAGAAAUACUCUGGAGAAUAAAAUAAUAACUUUAAUACAGUAGUAUAUGCUCCAAAAAAAAGAUAAAGCUUGUGCUAAAUUAAUUAAUAAAUAAAAUGAAGCAAAACAAUAUAAAAACUAGAAUCCUAAAAAUAAGUAAGUAAGUACUUCAUGCAUAUAAGAUCAAGACAACCAAACGAAUUAUUUAUUCUAUGGAGUGUAUAGAACUUCUGAAGAAAAUGCAGAAUAAAUAAUAUCUAUUAAAGUCACUGUAUAUCGCUUUAAAACACAAUAUUCUUGUUGCUUAGUACUCAGUGAAAAAACUAAAAAAAUAAAGAUAAAAUCUUUAGAAGAGAUAAAUUUUGGCUUAUAAAACAAUAUUUUUCAGCUAUGCAAAUUUACAGGCGAGAAGCUGUAAAGUAUUUUAAUUAAUGUAUAAAACCAAAACUUUGUGAAAGCUGUUAUAUCUUAAGGAUUAAAUUAAAUAUAUAACUAUAGAGAUCAUGCUAAUGUCUUGAAAAAUCAGUUUAAAAUAAAGUUUGAAAAUCUUCCUAUAUCUUAAAUAUCAUUAGAUUAAUUUUAAUAAUGUAUUAGUUAAAGAUACUUUGAUAAAGCUAAUGAGAUAGAUCUAAGAUUUCAAUUUUAAAAUUGCAAUACCUCAAAUUUUAUUAAUACUUAUGUGGAAUAUUUUUACUAGGCGAUUAUGAAUCUAAUUGACAAUUCAAUAAAACAUCAAAAUAAUAAUGGUCCUAACACCCCAAGAAAGUCUUAUUAUGGUUAAAAUCAUGUUUUAGAGAAAUCUGAGUUAAAAAUAAGAAAAAGUAAAUACAUUUAAAAAUCACCAUAAACAAAAAAACAGAUAGAUGAUAGUAAAAAUAAUAAUUUUCUUUCAUGCAGAAACAAAUAAGAAGAAACUCAAACUUAAAAAACUUUAGUAAGCAUAAAAGAAAUUAUAAUUUCUCUUGAGUUAUUAAAAGGUGAAAAUGAAUAAUCAAAUAUAUUCAAAGUAUCUGUGACUGACCAAGGCAAGGGAAUGUCUCUCGAAGAUCUAAUUUACAUACUAGAAAUAGUGGGCACACAAAAUCCAGUUUAUAAACCUGAUUAUCAGAAUUACAGCUUUCUUGGAUGGAAAAAUAAUUUGUAAAUAAUAGGAAAAUUAGGUCCAUUCUAUAAUUUUUAUAUUAAAAGAAACAUAAAUCAGGGCCUAGAGUACCAUUUUUAUAUCUAUCAAAAUAUAGAUAUCUUAAAUAAUUCUGAGUAGAAAUAAUGCAAAGUAUUUUAAAACUCUCUCUUUGAUAAAAGCUUAAUAGAGUCUAAUAAUGAGUAUUUCCAUAUCAACAACCUAAGCGAGUUAAAGGAGAGGAGAAAUUUAUUUAAUUCCUUUAGCAAAAAUGUAAUCAAAAGUAAUGUCAGUCUUACAUUUACAAAUUGUAAUAUAGCCUUCUAGUAAUAUGUCAACAAUCAUAAUGCUGAUGCUGCUAAAUAAGAUGAACCAAAUAGUUCUAUUUCUAUUUCUUCUGAAAAAUUCUUUACAUCUAACAUUUAUUUCUAAAAGUUUAAUACUAAAUUUGUAGAAUCAUUUUCUCCUAAAUAGUAAGACUAAAAAUUUCCAAAGUAAAGUUGA